UCACUGAGUUCGAUCACCUAUCGAUCAUGCUUUGUUCCGGCAACAGCACACACCCCGGAGACAUUUUGGCUAUCUGAAUGCUUGUUGGAAUUCCAAACAAUAAGUCACCGAAAUAGUCAGCGUCAGGCCGCUCGCAUAGACCUGCUUGUUCCGUACAUCUCUUCAACAUGCUCUCAACAAUGGUGCGCCCGGAGGAUACCAUCAGGAUGCCCUUCGCCUACCGUGGCGAUGCGGAUGAUGACGAGGAUGACAGACAGUCUCUGGAACAGAGUCUACCGGCCUCCUUGGUGCCGGCCUCCCUGGUGCCUGCUUCAUUGGUACCUGCCUCCAGGGUCGAUGCUUCAGCCAAAAGUGAGGAUGAGGUAACACUUGUGAACGGGACCACAGGUGACGGCAGUGGCAGUACAAGCAAACAUCCACCACCAGGACCCCGCUUGUUGACAACGGAGGAGACAAUAGAGCUUGCCCGCCGGGCGGUCGAGAAUGGAAUCCAAGAAACCAAACGCUCGCUUGCUGGAAGCGAGGCAGUGACUGAUGUGGUCAAACCGAAACUGACAAUAGACUUGGGCCACUCCAACAUAUCUCGAAUCCCCGAGUCAGUCGUGGAUACUAUCAAGGACGAAGUUGAGCGACUUUCUCUAUCGAACAACCAGCUGGUUCACAUUCCCUACCGAUUUGCAGAGUGCCGCCAUCUACGAUACCUCAAUAUCCGCGCGAAUAGCUUUCGUGAAUUCCCCAAAGGAAUCUACAAGCUGCCGCUCCUCGAAAUUCUGGACAUCAGUCGUAAUAAGAUCAGCCAUCUCCCGGAGGAGAUCAAAAAGUUAUCCUCACUUCGGGUUCUAUCGGUAAUGCAGAAUCGUCUCGAAGACUUACCGCUUGGGAUCUCCGACAUGAACAAGCUCCAGAUUCUUAAAGUUGCUGGUAACCCCUUGCGGUACCCCCUGCGACGGCUUCUGGAAAGCUCAGAGACAGAGUUCGCCCCCUCGAGCCUGACUGACAAUGAGAAGGAGGUCGCAGUAACUGCAGAACUAAAAAGAUUCCUGAAAACGAAACAGCCUGUUGCGCCCCUAGAAAUUGAGAAAUAUGACCCCAGCGAGGUCAUGCUGGAUACCCCUAAACCUCUCAAACGUGGAAUGAGCAGUCGCUUUCCCGUAAUUCCCAGUACCGGAGACGGUGCCUCCGACCCCAAGUCACCCUCGCUAGGUCGACCACCACCAAUACCAAUGAAGUCUCACUAUCGUAUCGCUUCCGGACACAAUCCUGCAUUCCACGGUGCUAUACUUCAACGUCCUGGGGCCAAGCCUUUUGCAGGAUACAAUGAGCGCAAUCGAAGUAAUAGCGAAGGCAUCAUCCAAGCCUCUCUCGCAGCGCGCAACAAGCGGAUGGGGGUGAUUCGGAAAAACACGGAUCUUGGCACGCUCGACGAGACGCGUCCCUAUCGAAACAGUCAUUUGCGAGGACUAAGCUACGGUUCUAUCCUUCGUACCCGACCGUCUGGCGCCCUAUGCAACAGCAAUUCCUCCAGUCCCAGUAGCCCAAGGGAACGCAGGCGCUUGAAGGACGGCUUUGUGAAUCGAAUGUCGAGUCUACCGGAACAAAAAGCCGAGAAAGUGACAGCGGAACCCAUAAUCGCAAGCGCCAAAUGCAUUUUAUUUGCUCUCUUCCAGAUUCAAUCCAACGUCACUUCUUUGAUCAACGUCAUUAAGCGUGAGGACGCCCGCCGAAACAGUCUUGAGAUCGUUUUUUAUAAUGCUUCCACCCAUGUUGAUCGACUCAAUGAGGCGAUAGAGAACGCCGAGCAUUCUCAAUCUGAGGAAGCAGACGUGGCGCGGUUGGCCAACGAGGCUGUGAAGCGGGAAUGUGAGACGUGCAUUAUCGCCUACACACACGUCGGAACGCAGCUACGAAACAGCAUCGAUAAAAUCGUCACAAAUGGCGAGUCGUGUUAUGUGCGCUCACUGAUAUUGAUGAUUUUUGGAAGCAUGGUUGAGCUGCGUAAUGCGUGUGCACAUCUGGGGGUCCCGAUUCAGAAUGGCCAGAGACCCCCGGGCCCUCCCGCGAAGUUGCCCGUACCAGAAAUCAAAGAGUCCGCCGGUCCGGACCGGUUUCUGGGGCCAACCGUGACACCAACAAGGGGAAGGGAGCAGUCUUUCUCGACUCGUCGGUACCGGAGUGAUACAACGAUCCAGCAUCCUCAGAUCACAAUGAAUGGGCCUUUCCAGGCGGCAUCGCAGUACCAGUCCGCAGUCAGCUCACCCGGGUUUGCUUCGACGCCGUUCUGCUUUGCCGCAAGGAGUCGGUCCAGUAGCCGGUCCAACCACAUCAACACCUCUGUACCGUCCUCGCUGGCAACCCCUCGUUCAGGCGAGUCGUUCCCAGCAAUUCCCAGCUCCGUCAUACCCCGAAUUAACCCAAUGACUGGCCUGGAUGAGAUUGAAGAAGAGCGUAUCUUCGAGAAGAUUUUCUGCCAGCUCAACUCGGCUUGCAAUGCUGCCCUCCAGGGCCUGCCUGUGGCCUUCUCCCAACUGGUGCGAUGUCUCGAAAUAGCGGAGCAUACGCGGAAAUCAGAAGGUAUUGUCAUGCUCUGGAAAAAUCUCAUCCACCGUUGUCAAGUGUGUCUUGAUGUCUCCGAGGGGCUGGGCUCCAGGCUUUCCAACAUGAAGGUGAAGGAGCCCGGUGGUGGAAUGCGGAACUCGCGUGAUUUCUGGCACACGUGCAAAGCAUUCCUGCAGUCUUUUGUAGACCUUGUCAUUGACAUGAAAGAGGUCCGAAAUAUGAAGAUCCUCCCUAACGACAUUGUCAACAUGCUUCGUCCUAUUCAGAGAUCGAGUAGAGAAGCUGGACGAAUGAUCGAUGCUUCACCUUGGUCUUUUCUUGCGGACAUGAAUCCAGGCAACCCGCACGCCAUUAUUUAUGGACCUCCAUUACAGUCUCAGCACUCACAGCAUCAAACCUCGUUAUCCACCAAUACUUUCCAUCACGGCCCUAAUUUGUCUCCAUCGGUUCACCUUCCUGCAACGCCCCUUAGUGCUGCCCUCGGUCCCGCUGCGCAGGCGACCGUACCCUCCACCCCUGCAAGUGCGUACAGCGAUAAAUUCUUCGAAGGGGAUGUCUUCCAGAGGGCCGACUCUUUACUCUCGAUGCCAAAUCAAGCACCUUUCUUCGCUCGUCGUUGAACUUAACUCUAU